AUGCCCGUGACGAUGACGGACGAGCAAAAUUGUGAUAGCGACGUGAUCCUCGCGAUACGCGAUCCCGACAUGGAUCAGAUCGUAUGCGGAGACAAGAACUACGAGUUUCGCAAGUAUCGCCUCAAGCCCACCGUGAAAAGAAUCUGGUUUUAUCGAACUGCAUCCCACUGUAUCACGCACGUCUGUGACGCAUCAUCGGCUCGAACCCGGAACCCUGGGGACACUCCAUUGGAAGAGGAUGGGUUGGGCAAUUUUGAAUUCAAUAACAGACAUCCAGACUGGGAUGGGUAUGAUUUCGCCUACAAGAUGAUUACUGUCCGUGAACUCUGUCAACCUAUUACACUCGGCGAGAUGAAGGAGAGUCAUGGAUUCAAGUUUGCACCGCGCGGACUGGUCUAUCUUCUCAAGUCGAUUGGUGAUAUUGUUGACUUGGAUAAACAAAAGCUGGUGCUGGAUAGAAGGAUUGAGAUUUAA